UGAUGGGGGAGGGAGGGCUGCCGUGCAGCAGGAACUGUGCAGACUCACGGGCAUCCAGGGACGGCAGCCCCCUUUCGCUGGGAUCUAAAGCCACAUUGCGGAAAAGAGAGUUAAAGGAAAACACUCUGAAGACGCAACACAAUGGCAGACAAAAUAAAAGAUGCCAAGAUCAUCUUUGUUGUGGGCGGACCUGGCUCUGGAAAGGGCACCCAGUGUGAGAAGAUAGUUGAAAAGUAUGGCUACACUCACCUGUCUUCUGGUGAUCUGCUCCGUGCCGAGGUGGCCUCGGGCUCUGAAAGGGGCAAGAACCUGCUGGCCAUCAUGCAGAAGGGAGAGCUUGUACCCCUGGACACAGUCUUAGACAUGAUUAAAGAUGCCAUGAUUGCCAAGGCGGAUGUCUCCAAGGGCUUUCUUAUAGACGGCUACCCCCGUGAGGUAAAGCAGGGAGAGGAGUUUGAGAAGAAGAUUGGCAAACCUUGCCUGCUGCUGUACGUCGACGCAAAGGCAGAAACCAUGGUCGGUAGGCUCUUGAAGCGUGGUGAGACCAGCGGCCGCUCUGACGAUAACGAAGAGACCAUCAAGAAGCGCCUGGACUUGUAUUACAAAGCAACCGAGCCGGUCAUCGCUUUUUACGAGGGCAGGGGCAUCGUGAGGAAGGUGGACUCUGAGCUGCCGGUCAAUGACGUCUUUGCCCAAGUCUCCCUGGCUAUUGAUGCACUGUAGUAAACCAGCAGAACCAGA